AUGGUCAAGUCCACGCUCCUUCUCCUCGCAUCUCAAAUUCUUGCGGUUACCCGUGCUUAUCCUUCUGCGCCCCUUGACAUGCACGUACACCAGCGGCGUGACCAACUGCCUCACGGAUAUAAGGAUCUUGGACCCGCACCUCCGGAUCAAACUUUGAAGCUUCACUUGUCGCUCUCUCAGGGCGACGUUUCUGGGCUUGAGGAGGCCUUGUAUGCUACCAGUACCCCGGGGAGCCCACUGUACAGACAAUUCUUGAGCAAAGAACAGGUAGAAUCUUUCAUCACACCUUCCAAUGCGACUGUCUCCUCCAUAGAGUCUUGGUUGUCGCUCCAUGGUUUGAGCGCUCAUUCCAUGACGCCUGCCGGUGACUGGAUCAGCCUGGAAAUGACUGUGAAGCAGGCGAACAAAAUGCUCGCGGCCAACUUUUCGACAUUCUCUCAUGAUGCUUCUGGGUCAAAAGUGCUUCGGACGAUGAGUUACUCCGUGCCAACCUCAGUUCAAUCCCACAUUGCUUUCGUGCAUCCUACCGUGGUCCCCACAGACCUUAUCAAUGGAGUGCCGUCCUACUGCGCCGACGUGACAACCCCAGCUUGUCUUCAAGCACUUUACAGUAUCCCGACCGCUCCCACAACACCAACACAAGGUGGCAAUACUCAAAUUGCCGUUACCGGACUUUUUAAUCAAUACACAAUCGAGCGCGAUCUCAAGAAAUUUCUGACCGAUUACCGUCAAGACAUUUCGCCUGACACGUCCUUCGAACUUGAUUUGAUUGACGGAGGCCUCAAUCCUCAAAAUGGAACCGGUGGGCUGCAAGCCAAUCUCGGCGUCCAAUACACCGUUGGAAUUGCCCAGGGUGUUCCUGUUCAUUUUCUUUCGACAGACUCAGAAGAACAGAACGAUUUUUCGCACGAUUUGCUGAAUGUCAUGCAGUUCCUUCUCAACCAGCCGACCCUUCCGACCGUCUUGACCACGAACUACUACGAGAAUGAAAGCGACGAAGCCGCUCCACUUAUGCGAAAUCUGUGUCAAAUGUUUGCUCAAUUAGGUGCCCGAGGCACCACCGUCUUAUUCUCAUCAGGCGGCGGUGGUGUUCAAGGCGACAGCGAUACCUGCGACGGGACCUUUGUUCCCACCUUUCCGUCUACUUGCCCAUAUAUCACAUCUGUUGGAUCUACGGAAGGCAUCAACCCGGAACGAGGCGCUUUCUGGUCAAGUGGAGGCUUCUCAAACACAUUCCCUCGGCCUGCGUACCAAGACGCAGCCGUCGAAACAUACCUUGACACUCUUGGUCCGAAAUAUGAUGGACGGUUCAAUCCCUCUGGACGCGCAUUUCCUGACAUCUCUGCAGCCGGAAACAACUAUGCUAUCAUCAUGAACGGCACACUGAACUUCUUCUAUGGAACGGCGGCAUCGAGCUCCACCGUAGCGGCAAUCGUGGGUCUGUUGAACGAUGAGCUACUCUCGGCGGGACAGCCUCCUGCGGGAUUUCUGAACCCGCUCAUCUACUCGUCUCCCGAGGCAUUUACGGAUAUCACUUCAGGGAGCAAUCCUGGAUGUGGCACCGACGGAUAUCCCGUAUCUGUCAAUUAUGAUCCAGUUACAGGCAUGGGCACCCCGAUAUACCAUAAGCUCAGAGACGCUUUCUUCCGCAAGUAG